CCCGCAGCUUUUGGGCUGACGUGUCUGCAGUUCCUCCGCGUCUCUGCGGGUCGGGCCGUGAUGGCGGACGCCUGGGAAGAGAUCAGGCGGUUGGCUGCCGAUUUCCAGCGGGCUCAGUUCGCCGAGGCCACGCAGAGGUUGUCAGAGCGGAACUGCAUUGAGAUCGUGAAUAAAUUGAUUGCUCAGAAACAGCUAGAAGUAGUUCACACUCUUGAUGGAAAGGAAUAUAUUACUCCUGCCCAAAUUAGUAAAGAAAUGAGAGAUGAGCUGCAUGUCCGAGGUGGUCGAGUAAACAUUGUUGAUCUGCAACAGGUAAUUAAUGUGGACCUGACUCAUAUUGAAAAUAGAAUUGGUGACAUUGUUAAAUCAGAAAAGCAUGUUCAGCUAGUGUUGGGACAACUGAUAGAUGAGAACUAUUUGGAUCGGUUAGCAGAAGAGGUAAAUGAUAAAUUGCAAGAAAGUGGUCAGGUAACGAUAUCAGAACUGUGUAAAACCUAUGAUCUUCCUGGAAACUUUCUGACACAGGCACUAACUCAGAGACUUGGUAGAAUUAUCAGUGGACAUAUUGAUCUGGAUAACAGAGGAGUAAUUUUUACUGAAGCUUUUGUGGCUCGACAUAAAGCACGCAUCCGUGGACUGUUCAGUGCUAUUACCCGGUCUGUGCUUGAGGAACUUGUUAAUAGUGGACGCUUACGAGGCACUGUGGUUGGUGGGAGACAGGAUAAAGCAGUGUUUGUCCCUGACAUCUACUCCAGGACACAGAGUACUUGGGUGGAUUCCUUUUUCAGACAGAAUGGCUACCUAGAAUUUGAUUCUUUGUCCAGACUUGGAAUCCCAGAUGCUGUAAGCUACAUAAAGAAGAGAUUUAAGACUACACAACUCUUGUUUUUGAAAGCAGCUUGUGUUGGUCAAGGACUUGUAGAUCAGGUGGAAGCAUCAGUAGAAGAAGCCAUCAGCUCUGGAACAUGGGUUGAUAUUGCACCUCUGCUGCCCAGUUCUUUAUCAGUUGAAGAUGCGGCCAUAUUGCUUCAACAGGUGAUGAGAGCGUUCAGCAAACAGGCUUCAGCUGUAGUCUUUAGUGACACUAUUGUAGUCAGUGAAAAAUUUAUAAAUGACUGUACAGAACUCUUCAAUGAACUGAUGCACCAGAAAGCUGAAAAGGUAAGAAAAAAAAUUUUAAGUAAAUUGUCAGAAGAAACCAAAGUAGCUCUCACAAAACUCCAUAACUCUCUGAAUGAAAAAAGCAUAGAAGAUUUUCUUUCUUGUCUGGAUUCUGCAGCAGAAGCUUGUGAUAUUAUGGUGAAAAGAGGAGACAAAAAAAGAGAAAGGCAGAUACUGUUUCAACAUCGACAAGCACUAGCUGAACAGCUAAAAGUCACAGAAGACCCUGCUCUUAUUCUGCACCUCACAUCAGUGCUGUUGUUUCAGUUCACAACCCACAGCAUGCUCCAUGCGCCUGGAAGAUGUGUCCCGCAGAUCAUUGCUUUUCUUAAUACUAAAAUACCAGAGGAUCAGCAUACUCUUUUGGUAAAGUAUCAAGGUUUGGUUGUAAAGCAGUUAGUCAGUCAAAAUAAGAAGACUGGGCAGGGAGGUGAUCCCUUGAGUGAUGAAUUAGACAAAGAACAAGAAAAUGUCACCAAUACUACUCGUAAAGAGCUUCAAGAACUUUCUUCAUCCAUUAAAGACCUUGUUCUCAAAUCCAGGAAAUCAUCUAUGACAGAAGAGUAAUGAUCUUAAUUUACAUUCGUCAUAUCAUAAGCACUUUCCCCAAAAGUUAUAGGUGAGUGGUCACAAAAAAAAUAGUCACUUCACAAUUCCCCACUCCCUGCUAAAACCCUCUCCCACGUACGCAAUUCAGUUAAAAUGGUAGUGUUGUAUUAAAUGUAAAUUUUA